AUGUCGACUACCGCUCUAGUUGUCAGCAAGGACUCAGACGGCACCGGAACUCCGUGCAACAAACCGAGAGCAGUCCGCAAUGACGAAGUUCUGAAGCUAGAGAUGGCCAAGCAGUUCGAGAGCGUGAUCAAUAGGCUCGGCUUGAAUACCGCCAAUCUCACCUUCGAAACCAGGACCCAGUUGCCACGAGGGUACUCCUGCUGGCUCGUGCCUCGUGUGCAGAGAGAUCCCAAUGGAGGGACCUACGAAGACAAAUACGUGGCAGGUCAUCCUAGCGGUGGUUUGUUCCUGUCCUUCGUAGCUUUCCUGGACCAUUUCUGCUGGUUGCAAUUCUACGGCCUUGCUAAAGGAUGCUCCUGCUGUCUGUGUACCGGCAAGAAGAGAGAGAAGAGCGAAGGACUGCGGACGCCAGCACCGACCUUCAAACCGGUACUACAGGUGGUCGUCUUGCCUCCGGUCGGAGCCGCAGCUCCACCAAGUGCAAACAUUGCAACAUUGGCUGCGCCAGUCACUGGUACACUUCCAGUCGCUCUGCCCAUAUUUACAGCCACAGCAGUGCCAGCCGCAGCCACCGCAGCGGCAUCCAACAGCGCCGCACAGGAAAUGAUGGAGCUCGAUGAGGACGACUUCGACGAGAUCUUACCACCGAAUCCACUAGACGAGAUACCCAAAGUAACGGCUACUGCUUACGACGCGGAGCAGUCUUCUCUCAUGUCGGACGAGGAGAGGACAAAUGCAUUCCAGCACAAGGACUUCCGUGGCCAGGAACCUGGGAAGCAGUUCAACAUACUCUCGCCGGACGAUGACAUCGAGGAGAUUAAGAAGCACGCCAGUAUCGCGUUGGAGCAGGUGGAACUAGGAGACGGUGUGGAGCUGUUCACAGCGGAGGAGAUGAUGGCUAUCGACUGGGAGUACUUUGAAGGUGAGAGCUUGCCGUCGUACGGAACCGGCAUUUACGAGGCGGCGGGGGUUGGUGGCAGGUCGAGGCUAGCAGAGCGUUUGUAUGCGCGGCUUCGUGAGCAUAGCUAG